AUGUACGACUCAAUCGCUAAUAUCUUGUUUUCCAUCUAUUCUCUAUUUUCUCUUUUUAUUUUUUUUUCUCGCUUUGCUCUUUCGUUUUUUUUAAUUUCAUUCUAUCUCUUUUUAUUUAUUCAUUGUUUCUCGUUUCUCUUUUACCUUUUUCCUAUUUUAUCGCUUUUCUCUCUUUCCUUUCUUUCUUUCCUCUUUCUGUCACUGUUUCCUCUUUCCUCAUAUGUAAUCUCUUUUCUCUCUUGCUUCUCUCUUUCUUCAUAUGUCUUUUUCUCUCUUUUCUCAUUUUAUCUCUUUGACUCUCUUUUGUCUUCAAUAUCCUUUCUCUGUUAUUUUAUCUCUUUUCUCUUUCUUGUUUUCUUAUAUAUUUUUCUCUCUUAUUUUAUCUUUUCUCUCUUGUCUCUCUCUCUUGUCUUCAUAUCUCCUUUUCUCUCUUUUCUUAUUUUAUCUUUUUUCUCUGGCUUCUCUCUUGUCUUCAUGUAUUUUUUCUUUCUUUUCUCAUUUUAUCACUUUUCUCUCUUGCCUCUCUGUUGUCUUCAUGCAUCUUUUUUUCUCUUUUCUCAUUUUAUCUCUUUGACUCUCUUUUGUCUUCAAUAUCCUUUCUCUCUUUUCUCUCUCUUAUUUUCAUAUAACUUUUUCUCUCUUGUUUUAUCUUUUCUUUCUUGUCUCUCUCUCUUGUCUUCAUAUAUCCUUUUCCCUCUUUUCUCAUUUUAUCUCUUUUCUCUUGCUUCUCUCUUGUUUUCAUGCAUCUUUUUCUUUCUUUUCUUUCUUGCCUGUCUCUUUUCUUUAUCUGUCAUUCUUCUCAAUCGUCUAUAUAAUUCUUUUCUCUCAAUUCAUGAAGAAUUUCCCUCUUUGAGUCAAAUCGUCUCUACGAAACGCUCAGCAAUUCUCUUUGAUCAUUGUCAUCAACGACAUUUUCUUUUUCCCUAA